AUGAUACCAGAAGUCGAGCUCCUAGCCGAGCAGUUGUAUGGAAAUUCAUCGAGCAAUGAGCAGCGAGCCGAUGCGGAGAGGAAGUUAAGUGUGCUGAGCUCAAACCCCGAGAUGCUGGACCAGGCUCGCAUGAUCCUUGAGACCUCACAGCAGCCUUAUGCACAGCACUUUGCGGCCACAUCCAUGUCAAAAUUGCUCACGAUACAUUGGGGGAGAUUUUCAUCGCAGCAGAAGACAGACAUUCGGAGCUACGUAUUCUCCUUCCUAGCGAACAAGGGGCCUUCACUGCAGGGCUUCGUUGUGGCAGCUCUGGUCAACCUGCUGGCUCGGAUCACAAAGUUGGGAUGGUUUCAGAAUCCUGGACAUGACGUGACGGAGGAAGUCUCCCAGUUCCUGUCAGCCUCCGUGGAUCACUGCAUAAUCGGCCUCGAGAUUCUGAACGAGCUGACGUUGGAGAUGAAUGCGAACAAGACGAAUCUCCCUCUCGCCGUCCAUCGCAAGAAGUCGAUAUCCUACAGAGACAAGAGUUUGCUUCAAGUCCUUCAGAUUGCCCUGCAGACUCUCAGCAGGCUGUUGUCAGGCUCGACCGGUCAGAUCACCCCCGAACAAGAUUCAAAGUUGAGGGAGCAAAGCCUCAAACUCAGUCUGGCGUGUCUCUCCUACGACUUCUUUGGUACCUCAAGUGACGACUCCACUGAGGACAUUGGGAGUGUCCAAGUCCCGACUCACUGGCGAUCCUUGAUAGAGGAUGACAACACCUUGGCAACUCUCUUGCAAGCAUACAGCACAAGUGCCGCGCCGCAUUCAGCCAUGGCCAUGGAGUGCCUUUCCCAGCUCUCCUCGGUGAGGAGAUCACUCUUCCCAAACCAAGAGACUCGCCACAACUUCCUCCAAAGAGUUCUGACGGCGAUCAUCACGAUCUUGAGAGAGCAGCAGAGGUUGGGGGAAGAAGAAAACUUCCACGAGUUCUGCAGGCUCUUGUCUAGGCUGAAGAGCAACUUCCAGCUUGCUGAACUCAUCAAGUGUGAGAUCUACUCGGAGCUGAUCGCUGCCGUUGCUCAGUUCACGAUUCAAAGUAUUCGCAACUGCCCUUACGCGUCAAACAGCGUCUACUACCUGCUCCAGUUGUGGUCCCGAAUGGUCACCUCGGUGGCUUACUUGAAGGGUGAAGGGGAGUCUCACCUUGACAGGUACGUGCCGGAGAUCACACAGACGUACAUCUUGUCGAAGCUUCAGUCCGCCAGAGCUUCCUUGCAGUCGAAUCCCAACGAAGACCCCAUGGAGAACGAGGAGCUGCUGGUGGACCAGCUGGACUCUGCCUCGCCGCUCUGUCGCUACCAGUACGAGCGGGCAGCCGAGUUCCUCAUCAGCCUCUUCGAUCCUCUCGUCAACAAGCUGCAGGCCCUUGCCGGUCAAAGUCAAGUCUCCGGCAUGGCCAACGCGGAGGUUCAAAUGGUGGAAGGCGAGCUGUCGUGGCUCGUGUACUUCGUGGGUGCGGUGGUGGGAGCUCGAGGGACGAGCCGUUCCUCGGACGAGCAGGAGCUGCUGGACGGCGACCUUUGUGCAAGAGUGUUCAAGACGAUCCAAUGGAUUGAGAUGCGACAGCCCAUGCAAGCGGGUGGCUCCUCCUCUACCUUAGAACGUCUGGAGCUCUCCCUCCUCUACUUCUUCCAGUACUUCCGCAAGGCCUACAUCGGAGAGCAGGCCAACCUGGCCUCGACCAACUUGUACCUGCGGCUCAACGAGCUUGUGGGGCUCUCGGACAGUGUGAUGGUGAUGAACGUCAUCGUCAAUAAGACGAUGCAGAACCUCAAGAUGUGGAGCAAUCAUGAAGAGAUAGUCGACAAGUCGCUCGUGCUCUUCCACGAGCUCGCCUCGGGCUACAACUCCAGCAAGACCUUGGCUAAACUCGACGUGAUCACCUUUGCGCUCCGCAACCACGGGCCCGCCCAGUUCCCCUUCCUCACAAAGUCUGGGAACCCAAGGCACAGGACGCAGUUCUACGUCACUCUGACGCGGAUCCUCUUGAUGGAAGACACAUGUCUCAUGGACUUCGAACAGUUCAUGGCGCCUUUCGUCCCCAUCCUGCAGCAUCUGCAGGCCUUCUUCAGCCAUGUCUCCAGCACAGGUCCAGGAGCUGCCCGGGAGGAAGCAAAGAGUCUGCUGAUCGGAGUGCUGCGGGACUUGCGGGGAAUCUGCUUCGGGACGUCAAACAGGAGGACGUACGUUGCCUUCUUCGACUGGAUCUACCCGGACUACCUGCCGAUGCUGAUCAACUCGGUGGAGCUCUGGUGGAACGACAGCGCUGUGACGACCCCCCUGCUGAAGUUUGUGAGCGAACUUGUACAUAACAAAUGUCAACGGAUCGCCUUCGAGUGCUCGAGCCCCAACGGGAUCCUCUUGUUCCGAGAAGCCAGCAACGUCCUGUUCGCCUACGGCCAGAGGAUCCUCAACGGAGUUCCCCCGACCUACAAGGAUAAGUACAAGGGAAUCUCCAUCUGCCUGAUGAUCUUGAAUCGCCUGCUCUCGGGUGGUUAUGUAAAUUUCGGAGUCUUCCAGCUCUACGGAGAUUCAGCUCUCAACAACGCCCUUAACAUCGUCCUCCAGCUGUCGCUCAGCAUCCCCAUGCAGGACCUGAUGGCUUACUCCAAGGUCAUGCGCGGCUACUUCCCCUUACAGGAGAUCCUGUGCCACAAUCACACGACGUACCUCUGCCUCCUCGAGACGCCCGUAGGUCCCGCGACCUGCCCGAUGAGUUUGUGA